CAACCAACGCCAUGUUGGUAUAGAUUUUUUCCAACAAACUUUUACUACAAAUUUCACUAUUUAUUUUUGGAGGGAUUUCGCAGAGCCCAAAGUUUCAGUUGCUGCUCCAAUUACCCGUGAGAAUGUUGACCAUAAGAAUUGAUAUGGAAAUGUGUCGAGUGUGUCUCAGAGCGGGCAUUGGAACGACGCCCUUAUUCGGGAGCAUUACUGAGAAAUUCCAGGAAGUCACUGGACUGUCGGCCAAUUCAGAGAAUGGUCUGCCAAACGCAUUGUGCGCAAAAUGCCUAGGAAGACUCAAGUUGGCUCACAACUUCCGGAAGCAGAGCAUUGAGUCUGAGAAUCACCUGCAUGACUUCAUUGCUCAGGUCAAUAGGGAGUUUCAGUACAAAAUACCAGCGCCUGAGGAGGAGAACUCAAACAAGAGCACGGACAUUGGGAUGGAAAUGUUAAUAGAAAGUGAAUCUGAGACUGAAGAGGUGGAAAGUGGAUCGAACAACGUGGAAGAGUGUGAAAAAGACACUGUAGAAUUGGUGGAAUACGAGUUUUCCAUCAAGGAUAUCAUCCAGGACAAUCUGCAAGAAUCACAAAUCUCGAUGAAGGAUGAAUGUAUGGAGAUUGAAGAGUUGGACGAGGAGAUCAUAGAGAAGAUCAUCGAAGAAGAUCCCGUUUCAAGUUAUGAUGAAGUUGACGACGCCAACAGCCAAGAAAGCAAUCUGACUCCCACAAAGCUGAAGAGACGAGACAACUUCAGUCUGGAAAGUCACUAUUGCGUGCAGUGUGACAAAGAUUUCAGCACGAGAACUAAUCUUCAUCGUCACGUGCAGACGCACAAUGGCCAAAAGCCUUUUGUCUGCUCCGUCUGCGGCAAUGGAUUCACACAGAAAGGCUCCCUGAAGCAGCACAUGCACCUGCACACCGGCGAGCGACCCUUCAAGUGCUCCCACUGCGACCGAUCCUUCACACAGGCCAAGACCCUAGUCAAUCACACCAGGCGCCACACCGGCGAGAAGCCCUUCACCUGCACCGAAUGCGGAGUGAACUUCCGCCAGAAGGACGGCCUCAAGCGACACAUGCUGCGCCACCUGGACACGCCGCAGAAGGUCUUCCAGUGCACCGUGUGCGAACGGCAGCUCCUCUCCAAGUACAGCUUUGAAAAUCACAUGCGCAAACAUCUGGACAGUGACCAGAAAGUCAUCACUGGCGGACAGAAGUUCAACUGCACCGAAUGCUCACGCAGCUUCUUCUCUCAGAAGACCCUGGAAGCCCACCAGCGCGCCCACGCUGGCGAGGCUCCCUUCAAGUGCACCUAUGACGACUGCGAAGCAGCCUUCGUGCGCCACUCCGGCCUCAAAACACAUCUCAAGCGACACGAGAUCGUCGCCAAGAGCACUGCGGAAAUCCCUGCAGAAGCUGAAGACAAUGCCAUUUCCUACGUAGAGGAAUGCGUUGACUUUCCCAACAAAUUCCCCUGCAAUCGAUGUUCCAAAGUCUUCACCCUAAAACGAAGUCUUCUCACGCACCUGAAGAAUCACAAUUUGGCCAAUUCGUAUGUCUUCAAGUGCGACGACUGCAAGAUUGGUUUCACCUCCAAACGAAGUCUGAAGCUUCACCGCAAGAAUCACCACCAAGAAGUGGUUCUGGAUCUCAACACUUGCGAAUGCGGUGUGGACUUUGUGAGUUACGUGGAUCUUGUCAAUCACAUCAACCAAACCCACGACGAAAUAGACGACAAUUGCUUCUUCUGCGGCGAACACUUCCAAUCCAAAAUUGCCAUGAGUGAACACAUCCUGGAGCAUGAGUACCACGAGGAUGUAGCAGCAGGGAGUGCUGAAUAGUCAAAUAAAUCUUGCCUGUCCACACUUUA